AUGUCAGUGACAACUGCAAUCAACUCGGGACGACAAACUACAUCAUGUAUUGUGUAUAUGAUUACGUCGUCAUUGGGGCAAUAUUCAAUGUGUAUCAUGACCAUCAAGUGCAUGUCCGAAAGUGUCGUUUUGACGUGUUUGAUGUCGUAUAUCUUGACCAAUACUGACACUAGUUGCAUGAAACUGCUACAGUAUAUGGAUAUUGCAUUGCUGACGUUUUGUAGGUUGGAUAUUAUAGUCGAUGUUUGGCGUGUCAAUAACUCGGUCUACAAUGGUCGUACAAUGUCAGUGACAACUGCAAUCAACUCGGGACGACAAACUACAUCAUGUAUUGUGUAUAUGAUUACGUCGUCAUUGGUGCAAUAUAUCAAUGUGUAUCAUGACCACUAA